AUGGCCACAGCUCCAAGUGACGGAGACGUCAAGACAUCCAUCACACCUUUGCUCAAACGACUCUGGCACGAAUCACCGUCGACAAAGCCUGAUGCUACCGAGAUUGCAGCAGCACUCGCAUUGAUCUUCACCAACAGUCUCUCAGAAGUACAAACGGGAGCACUUUUGACGUGUCUUCACUUCACGGACCUGGAUAGACAAGCAGAUGUCUUGGCAAAAUGCUCACAGGCAAUGCGAGAUUUUUCAACCGGCAUCGAUGUUGAAGGAUUAGAGCGCCUGCUUAAAGAGCGCGGGAGGAAAGAGGGAGGUUACUAUGGAGGCGGUGAUUCACACAACACCUUCAACAUUAGCACUACUUCUUCCAUAUUGGCCUCUUCUCUCCUCAUGAUCGCCAAGCAUGGCAAUAAAGCUUCAACAUCACGUUCAGGUUCUGCGGAUCUUCUUUCUUGCGCGCCACCAAAGCCGCCAGUCAUUACCGCCAUCGCGCCUAAGACGAUUCUCGAAAUCUACCAGAACACCAAUUAUGCGUUCCUCUUUGCGCCCAUUUUCCACCCAGGGGCACGGCACGCAGCAAGUAUCAGAAGACAGCUUGGCUGGCGCACGAUUUUCAACCUUCUUGGUCCGCUAGCAAAUCCACUCCACGACUUGAUUGAGGCUCGUGUAUUGGGUGUAGCAAGGAAAGAAAUCGGACCUGAUUUUGCCGAAUCACUUCGCCAAUCUGGAUGUCGGAAGGGCAUGGUCAUCUGUGGUGACGAAGAGCUGGACGAAUUGUCAUGCGCAGGUCCCACGCACUGCUGGCGCUUAGUUGAGAACGAUUCAACAGGCGAAGUGAAUAUCAACUACUUCACAGUAACGCCAGCGGACUUUGGCCUGCCAUCGCAUCCUCUCACCGCAGUAUCGCCUGGUCAAAGUCCAGAGAGGAACGCCGAGAUUUUGAUGGACAUCUUACAGGGUAAGGUGCCCGUCGACGACCCGAUUCUGCACUUUGUGUACCUCAAUACUGCAGCGCUGUUUGUUGUCAGCGGCAUUUGUGACGCAGACACAAGCGACAUGGGUCACGGCGAUGAUGGCAAGGUCAUUACCGAAGUCGGUCCAGGAGGUGGAAGAUGGAAGGAAGGCGUCAGGAGAGCGAAGUGGGCAGUGCAAAGUGGCGAGGCCUACAGGCAGUGGGAAAAGUUCGUCGAAGUCACGAACCGGGUUGCAUAG